GAAUGGUAGACUGAAAAUUACAAGUUUCUUUCUAGUCUAGUUUCUAAUUUAUGAUGAAUUGCUCGUCAUCUUUCAUCAUUCAUCAUGUAUUGAUGAAUUGAUUUUCAGUGAUUUAUUUACAAAUAAAUUUCGCGUCACAUCAAACGCGUAAAUCGAUCAGGUUCGUUUAGUAUUCCGCUUAUUCGCUCCAAUUAGGUGUAUGGAAGCAGAUUCGAAAAUGGAUCAUUCCGACGAAGAUACCAAUGGAUCAUUCGAGAUGGUCGACAAAGUUAGCGACUUUUCAGAAACAGAUUCUGAAGGAAAACUAACCGAGGAUAAAAAUGACGCCGAAAGUGAUGAAAAAUCAAAAGAAGGCGAAUGGGAAGAUGUAUUGGGAAGUGGACAUCUUCUCAAAAAGAUCAUCAAGAAAGGAACCGAUGUUAGACCAGAUAGACGAGAAAUUUGCGAAUUGAAGUACAAAUGUUACUGUGAUGAUAAACUUAUCGAAGAGUCCGAAUCUAAAAAAGUCCCAGUCUCUGAUUCAGAACUUAUUCAAGGUCUGGAUUUACUUUUACCUUUGAUGUACGUUGGUGAAAUAAGUGAAGUCAAAAUUGGGCCACGAUUUGCCUACGGUUCGAGGGGAUUGAAAGAAAACGACAUAGAAAUACCGCCUGAUGCAACGUUGCAUUAUACUAUCGAAUUAUUAUCCGUUGAACCGGAUCCCGAAAUUGAGACGAUGAGUGUCGAAACUCGUAAAGAAAUUGGAUUGAGGAAGAAAAGUCGUGGUAAUUGGUGGUACGCUAGGGAAGAUUAUAAUUCAGCUAAGCAGUGCUACAAAAGAGCUUUAGAAUACUUAGAUUAUACUGAACAAGAUGACAAUGAACAAGGGGAGACAAAAACUGAUGCUGAUUCGUUGAUUGACGAACGAAUCAACGUGUAUAAUAAUUUAGCAGCCGCUCAUUUGAAAACCGACUCUAUUGAUGAUACAUUACAAUGCGUCGAAACUGUUCUCAAGUUGAAGCCGAAUAAUGUCAAAGCUCUAUUUCGGAAAGGAAAGGCAUUAGCUGCUAAAGGAGAACGAAAGGAAGCUUUUAAAUAUUAUAAAAAAGCUAUAGAAAUCGAGCCGAAUGAUAAACAAAUGCUGAACGAGAUGCAAAAAUUACAAAAUUUAAUCGCAGCGGACAAUAUUACCGAACGUAAACUGUAUAAGAAAAUGUUCGAACCGAGUAAAUCGUCAAAAGCGAGUAAUCGAGCGAACACGAAAAAUUCAUGGAUAAAAUUAGGAUUUUUUAUUGGAAGUUUAGCGGUGGCAGUUAUUGGAGUUGUUAUCUACAAGUACAAUUACAAUUAAUAUUUUCCCGAGAGUAAUGGUUAAAGAUGUUCUAACUGUUCAUUGGAAUCUGAGAUUUGAAAUUAUACAAUUCUUUACAUUCCCACGAAUGUAUCUCACGUUCACAAGCAAUGUAAAUAUUUUUCUUUUUCAUUCGUUCAGUCAGGGUACUUAUUUUUUUCUCGUUGCUAACAAAUUUCGCGUAUGAUAUCAGAAAUUGGUUUAAUUCUAAGGAUUAACAUUUAAAUAUCGCAAUUGAAGUUUCCAUGGUUAUUUAUAAGAUCUAUUUCUAUUUGCUGUUGACUGUUACCAAAUUAUUUUAUAUGGUAAAUUAUACCAAUAUGAAAAAUUUGA